ACGCAUGCGUAGUAGGGAACGCCAUAUUGUAGGCGCUAAAAAGCUUUUUCUGGGUGUGUAAACCGUACAAUUAUCAGCAAUUUGUGUCGCUAUACAGACCGUUUUAUAACUCAAUCCACCAUUUUUUUAAACAAGUAACUCUUACUCUUCAAGUUAGUUGAGCUCGUGUGUUGUGCUUGCUUAGCUUAUCACCAUGGAGGGCGGUGGUGAUGCAACUGUGGUAGCAGGUGAUGCCCCCAGUGUUGAUCCUGCUUCAAUGAAUGUACUGGAGACAUAUCUGCAGAACUUCAAUCAGGAGCUCUCUUCAACAACCCAGGCAGCAGAACAGGGUAAAAAAGCAGUUGAAAAUGAAGUAUCUGUUGAAGGAGGUGCAGUUGUAGCCCAAAUGCAACAAGAGAUGCACACAGCUGAAGAAGUAGUAACAGAGUCACAGGUGCCUACAGAGCCGGUCAAGGAAACUGUCACAGAGGCUAGUGAUGACCAGCCUGUAACCACUGUCCAAGUUGCAGACCAGGUAGUCGAGACUGUGCCAGAGCAGGUAGCAACAGUGGCUAUGCAAGAAACAGAACCUAUUCAUGACCCAUCGCAGGGUAUGACAUCUGUUAGUGUAGUGCAAGGAAAUGCCCAUACUGUGACCCAGGACCAUGUUGAUAUGGACAUCACUCAAACUCUGCAACUACUGGCAAAUGCUUCUGCUAAUCUGACAGCUCCCAUCACUACCACUAUUGAAGGCCAUACGACCACUGAUACUGUUGCCAAUGUGCAGAGUGUAGCAGAGAGCAUGGGGCAGGCGUUCAUACAGGGAAUAGAAGAGGCUGGUCAGAGUGUAUCCCUUAGCACUGCAGAAGCACUACAGAGUCUACAAAGUGGACAAGGGCAGCAUGUUGUCAUGGUAACACAAGAAGGUGACCAAGAAUCUGCCCAGCAGCAGGUGUUGAUGGUUGCCAUGCAGAAUGAUGCCAACGUGAGUGGUGCUCAAGGAGUUGGUCCACUGACCUUUUCAGACCCUGUCAACAUGGUUGGUGGAAAUGUGGUCUACCAGACUACUAACCUACCACACCUUGUGCCGGUCUCCCAAUCAACACAGGACCAAACAACUACUCUGCAGGCUACAGACUCAUCAGGUCAGGUGUACACCAUCAUCCAAACUCUAGAUGGAGAAACACCAGUGACAGUAUCUGAAGGACAGACAAGCCAGUCCCAGCCUACUUACACUGAGUUAGAAGUUGCACAGCCAUCUGAGGGUGAAGGCAAGGGUGGAGAAGUUGUACAUGUUGUUGAUGUCCCCUCUGCAGAUGGUACUGAGGAAGUUCAAACCCAGAUUGUUAUUGUACGAGAGGUUGAUACUGAGGAAGGCAAGGGAAUUCAAGAUCACUCCGUUUAUGACUUUUAUGCUGGUGAGGAUGAUGAUGCCCCAGUCACUACAGCAAGUAAAUCCGACAAAGGCGACACUCCGAAGAAAGGCAAGAAGUUUGUUGUGCCUAAAUUUGAUGAUGGACGUCUCAUCGAUCAGGUUUUUAAUCGUGUGAAAAAAUCACCCACAAGUCCACGCCAGCCAAAGGUUCACGAGUGCAACAUGUGCGGCCGUAUCUUUAGAACCUCAACACUUUUGCGAAACCAUAUCAAUACCCAUACUGGAACCAAGCCAUACAAAUGUCAGAUGUGUGAAAAAGCAUUUGGAACGUCUGGUGAAUUGGGUCGACACAUGAAGUACAUCCACACUCACGAGAAACCACACAAGUGCCCAUUGUGUGAUUAUAUUAGUGUAGAGGCAAGCAAAAUUAAGAGGCACAUGCGCUCCCAUACUGGUGAGAAACCAUACAAAUGUACUUUGUGCGAGUAUGCCAGUACUGACAACUACAAGUUGAAGCGUCACAUGCGCAUCCAUACUGGUGAGAAGCCAUUUCGAUGUGGUGAGUGUGACCAGUCUUUCUCGCAGAAGAGCAGUUUGAAGGAGCACAUGUGGAAACACACUGGAAACAGACCUCAGCACAAGUGCGAGUUCUGCGAAACCAGCUUCGGACGUGUAGCUGAUAUGAAGACGCACAUCAAGAAGAUGCACACACAAGGAGAAGCUUUGAUUUGCAAGUUCUGUGAAAAUGGAUUCACCGAUCGCUACAGCUAUACUCAGCACAUCAAAAUGCAUCGUGGGGAGAAAAUUUUCAAGUGUGGUGAAUGUGGAUAUAUGGCUCCCCAGAAGCGCCAUUUAAUGGUUCACAUGAGAGUUCAUACUGGCGAGCGACCGUACCAAUGUACCGACUGUGAUGAGAGCUUCAAGCAUCGACAGACUUGCAUCAAUCAUGCUAGAAUUAAGCAUGGUCAUAUUUUAGAAUUCCCGGAUUUGAAGCGAAAAAGAUCAGAGUCAGAAGAGGAUUCACCAUCCAAGCGUGUGUCGCGCAGACAGAAGAUGAUCAUAAUGGGUGCUGUUGGUGGCCAAGAAGGUGCUGAUAGCCAAAGUAUCCCUCCAGAGGUUGUUGAGAAUGCUAUUGGCAGAGUUCUUCAGGAAACAGAGGGAAUGAAUGUGGAAGGUGGUGUACCAGUAACAAUUUUGACUGUCACUCAAGGACCUGAUGGAUCGAUGCAGCAAGUUGAGCAAACCCUACAUGUUGUUGAUGGACAGUUAACGGCAAUUGAAGGUGAUAACUCGGCUAACAUUGAAGCUGGAACAGAAGCUGCCCAAAUAACCAGUGACCAAGUGAUGCAGUUGGAGCAGAUACAGCAGCAGAUUCAGCAAGGAGAAGACGGUGGCAUUUCUCAGACGGAACAGGCUGUUGCCAAGCAAUCUCAGGUCGAAUCCCAGGAUCAGGGAGGUAUGCAUAUUGUGAUGGAAACUGAGGACAGUAGCCAACAACAGGAGGCGGAAGAUACGUUGACUCAGCAACAACAGACAACAUCUGAACAAACAGUGGCGCAAGAGGAAGCAACUGAAGAAGUAGCUGCUCCAGAAGUAAGUAUACCACAACAGCAUGAGGAACCACAAGGCACAUCUAGUCUCGCUGUGCAAGAGGUAGCAGAAGUAGGUAUUGAGCAGCCAACAGAAGAGGAAGUUGAAGAAGGAGAUGGUGAUAACACCAUUUAUCUAUUUGUUGAAGAACAAUGAACAGUUGAUAACAUCUCAUCAUUUACUGUUGCCCUCCCUAGUGUUUUUCAGCAGCAAGGUGUGUAUAAAUAUUUUAACAAAAUAGAUGUGUGCUUAGAAAUUAAAGGGCCAAAUUUUAAAAAUGAUAUGAGAUAUCUGUUAUGCUGUUUUGUUUUUUUUUUGGGUGGGGGAGGUGGAAUUUUAUUGUCAUUUGCUAGUGAUUGGUUUUUUUUAUGGCUGUGAUAAUGUUUUGUUUUAUUAUAUUAUCUAGUUUGAAUUAAUUACUAAAAAUUAAAUGAAUUUGUAAAAAGUGUUUUAUGUUAAUGUAAUACAUAGUACAAUAGUUACACUCUACAGUUUUAGAGCUUCCACUUUCUUUAAGUGCUUAUUAUUUACUUGGCAUUGUUCAUGUGGAGGUUACUGUGCAUGUUGACAUGCAUGUCUUGGGGUCUUGCAACAAUUUUAAUUUUUAUGCUUAAUCAAAAUAUAAUAUUUGGUUUAAGCAUGGCUUCUACUUCUAUUUUGUGUAUAUACGUUUUUAGUGAUUGUUUUUAUUAGGCCAAUAGACUAUUAGAGUCUAUCCUCAUAAAGUUUUUUUUUUUUAUAUCUGUGAAUAUAUCUGUGUAUAAUGCCUAUACAUGGUCUCAAUUCACAGGUACUUGUUACAAGAAACUAGUGCAAAUUAUUCUAAUGAAAAGCCUUAUGAUUUUACAUGGGUUUGUUUUACCGUGUGUUGUCUUUUCUUUGGUAAUAAUUAUAAUCAGUAAUAAUACAUUACGCCUCAGAAAACUCAAUAGAACCUAUCUUUGCGUGUACAGUAUAAAUGUUUCAUUAACUAUAGAAACACAAAGAAGUACUGUACUUGUUGUGAACAGUUGUUUAGGUUUUUGUUUAGAUUGAAUGAUGGCUAUAUGCAUUCCAAAUAUUUUUUUUUUUCAGUUUAGGUAAUAUAAGAUUCUUCUACAAUAAAACACCAGCACAUGUAUCAUUUUGAUGUACUAAAUGUAAUGUAAAGGUUCUUGUCAAAUAAGUGCAGUUUUUUCAGCCACCGAACUAUCCAGGUUGUUCUUAAGGUUUGUGUGUUGGUUACUCUUUGGGACUCAACAGUUACAGUGGGUCUUUAAAAUAUUUGAGCAAUUAUUAAUCUUAAAAUCUUAAAAGGAAAAUUUAAAAAAAAUGUGAUUGAGAUAAUUUUUGCAUUGAAUUCUUUGAUAAUUGUACACAUAGAGAUAUACUGUAGUUAAAUGUCAUGCCAUCAACCCUACCCACAGCUGUAUUGCAAAAUGUAUCUAUCAUAAUUAAAUUGUCUUAUACUGUAAUGAUGAAAUAAAGAACAUCUGAUAUGGUUACCAUUUAAUAA